CGCGGGAGAGGAGCACACGGGCCGGCUGAGCAGCAAGAAGGAUGGAGGUCCGACCUGACAGGUUCAAGGCGGUCGCGGCCAAAACUCUGGGCAGAAUUAACAGGUUGAUUGACAAGCAGCAGCCCAAUGGAGAAACCAUCGAGCUGUCCGCGGAGGGCCGUCCUGAGCUGGUGCAGGAGAAGGAGCUGCCCGUGGUGGACUGUACCUGCUUUGGUUUGCCCAGGCGCUACAUCAUUGCCAUCCUGUCUGGCCUGGGCUUCUGCAUCUCCUUUGGCAUCCGCUGCAAUCUGGGUGUGGCCAUUGUAAGCAUGGUCAACGACCACACUGUCUACAAAGGCAACAAGGAAGUGCUGGUGGCUGCACAAUUCACUUGGGACCCAGAAACAGUGGGCAUGAUCCAUGGCUCCUUCUUCUGGGGCUACAUCGUCACACAGAUCCCUGGAGGCUUUAUAUGUCAAAAAUUUGCAGCCAACAGAGUGUUUGGCUUUGCCAUCGUGGCCACGUCCACCCUCAACAUGCUGAUCCCAUCUGCCGCUCGCUGCCAUUACAGCUGCGUCAUACUGGUCAGAAUAUGUCAAGGCCUUGUUGAGGGUGUGUCGUACCCGGCCUGCCAUGGCAUUUGGGCAAAGUGGGCUCCUCCGCUGGAGAGAAGUCGAUUAGCCACCACAGCCUUUUGUGGAUCCUAUGCAGGGGCUGUGGUGGCCAUGCCUUUAGCAGGGAUACUGGUGCAAUACACUGGGUGGUCUUCUGUUUUCUACGUCUAUGGCAGUUUUGGGAUAUUCUGGUACUUAUUCUGGAUAUUGGUGUCCUACGAGAGUCCAGCUGCCCAUCCCACUAUCACACCAGAGGAGAGGAAGUACAUUGAAGAUGCGAUCGGCGAGUCAGCGACGUUUCUCAACCCUCUCCAGAAAUUCAAGACGCCGUGGAGGCAGUUCUUCACCUCUAUGCCUGUCUACGCCAUCAUUGUGGCCAACUUCUGCAGGAGCUGGACCUUCUACCUGCUGCUCAUCAGUCAGCCAGCCUAUUUCGAAGAAGUCUUUGGCUUUGAGAUCAGCAAGGUGGGCAUGGUGUCAGCUUUGCCCCAUUUAGUGAUGACCAUCAUCGUUCCCGUGGGAGGCCAGUUGGCGGACUACCUUCGAAUUCACAACCUGAUGACCACCACCAAUGUCAGGAAGCUCAUGAACUGUGGAGGUUUUGGCAUGGAGGCCACCCUGCUAUUAGUGGUGGGAUAUUCUCACACAAAAGGUGUUGCCAUCUCCUUCCUGGUCCUUGCCGUUGGCUUUAGCGGCUUCGCUAUCUCAGGUUUUAAUGUCAAUCACUUGGAUAUUGCACCUCGAUACGCCAGCAUACUAAUGGGCAUCUCAAAUGGGGUGGGAACCUUGUCUGGAAUGGUGUGUCCUCUUAUAGUGGGAGCCAUGACCAAACAUAAGACGCGUGAGGAGUGGCAGUACGUUUUCCUUAUAGCAUCCCUGGUUCACUAUGGAGGAGUCGUUUUCUAUGGACUCUUUGCAUCGGGAGAAAAGCAGCCGUGGGCCGACAUCGAGGACACCAGCCAGGAGAAGUGUGGCAUCAUCGAUGAGGACGAGCUGGCCAACGAGACAGAGGAUCUCUACCGUACCGGCGGCGGCCAAUACGGGGCCAUGAGCCAACAGGUGGUCGGUUCAAACGGCGGAGGGUCCGGAGGAGGCGGGGCCGGAUGGGUGAAGGACUGGGAUAAAUCUGAGGAGUACGUGCAGCCACCUGGAUACAACUCAUACAAGUGCAGCGGAGUAGAGGAGAUGAAGCUGACGUAGAAGAGUGACUGAACUGAUACAAGUGUGUACAAAACAAGAAGAAAAAAAACAGGAAGGAAAGAACUUGCUCUGUGCUUCUGUACAAUUACAAAAGUGUGUUGAUUAUUGUGUGUGUGUGUGUGUGUGUGUGUGUGUGUGUGUGUGUGUGUGUGUGUGUGUGUGUGUGUGUGUGUGUGUGUGUGUGGAUUUAUGUGUUUGGAAGGGUGAGAGGCAACACGCGUGCAUGUCAGUGUUAGAUUUGACAAUGUGCAACACAUACAGUAUUUUUAUGCUCAGCUCAUCCCUCAGACAUCCUCCCUGAUGCACGGUUCGCUGUGAUUGGUCCAUUUCCAUCAUGUGGAGGAAGUGCAGCAAGCGUCUCCCUUAUGUUGUAUUUAAAAUCUAAUGUUUAAGCUGCAGUAACUUUUUUUUUUUUUUUUCAGGAAAUGCAUGUCUGCGGUUUUAGAUAAGAAUAAUUUACAUGAUGAAGAGUGAUUUAACUACAUGCACACUCAUACACAAGUACAAGCACAAACACACAGUGUUUUAUCAAUCACAUCCUUGCAAAUAUUCUCAACAUUGUUUCCAUGUUUGAUACCAUGCAACUUUGAAACAUCUAAAACAAAGACGAAAAAAGGUGCUUAAUAGUUGCAUAGUGGCAGGCUUAACAUGGGUGCAAAUUUGACACAUGCUCGAGAUGCAUGUGGUGUCUAGAUAAAGCUCACCUGUGUCUGAUCUAACACGGUCAUGCCUAUCUCGGUUCAUGGGUCACAAGGUACAUAUGAUGAGUAAUCAUCUGACACUCAGGACUCUUCAUUUGGUGUGGAGAGUUAACUGUUUUGCCAUCGAACUGCUGCAAAAUAGUCAAAAUCUGGUGUGUUGUAUUUGUCUUUUUUCUGUCACUUCCUGCUUUCUCUUGUCUCAUUCAGUGCAGUUUUUUUUCCUAGUUCCUAAAAGGCAGCCAUAUGAAAUCAGUGGGUCAGUAGUAGUGUUGAGUAUGUUGUUCUGUCGGUUGGGUCCAGGUGCUUAAACGUUGUGCAGUGAGCAUGUAAUAAUGAGCACAACUGUGCACUCCCCCCUAAUCCCUCUACUCCUUUAACACACUUAUACACAAGGUGGUUGUCUCAUGCUGUGAGCGCACUCAAACCCACCAUGCAGUGGGCAUAGAGAGCAUUAGCACACAAUUUGGCACCCAUGUCUUGCUCUCAACACCCACUUGACGCAACAACAUUGUGUAUUGUAUUAUAAGAGAGUGACUUUUCUUGUUUUUUUUACUUCAAAACAACUGUUUCUGCCCUUUAAAAGCAAUCUUGAUGCAAUGGCAGCUGGGUAAUGGAGUCACGGGGAGGGGGAUUUACCAAGGGUUUAUUUUAUUUUACAGGUGAAAUGCUGCAAAAAUACGAAUGAUGAUUCCUGUGAACAUUUUCAGUUGUCAGUGUUGUAUCAGUGGAUUUUAAAUCAACUUUUCUUGUUUCAGUUCAUGGCUACUCCAAUGUUGUUUUCCUCCCUCUCAAUGAAAUGUGUUGAAACGUGAUGGGGAUUAGUGUAUAAACAAUUAAAUCUUAAAUAUUUGAAGAUGCAAAAAAAAGAAAAAAAUGUGGAAAAUACUCAGUGUACAAAGGAUGGAUGAUGUGAAAUAUCCUUGUGUAUAAUAAAGAUAAGCAGCAA